AUGGCUGGAAUUGCUGAAAUGGUGAAACGGGUAUCUGAGCAACAAAAUACACAGGCUUCUGAAAUACAAAAAAGCAAGGAGGUGCUCACACAACUGCAGUCUCAGCUUCAGGAUCUUGAGAUCCAGAGGAACUCGGUUGUAGCCGAAAGAAAGGCCAUCGAAAGGCAGACGUAUUUCUCUGAGGAAGCCAUAGCAACCGCCAGACGCCACUGCGAAGAUCUGGAGUCUCAAAUCUCAGCCUUGCACGCCGAGAACGUGAAGCUGACUCGGGACGCCGAAGCUCUACAAGAAGAGUUUGAAACGAAGCUUUUAGGAAACCAGGCUUACUGUGAGAAAAUGGCCGCUCACCGAAACCGGUUGGAGGAAGCAGAAAGUAAAUUGCCUUUUGUAGCGGCGCUGAAGACAAAAAGGGACACCAUCCAGCAACUGAUGGGGCAGAAGAAAGAGCUAAUGGCUUCUCUUCGGGAAACAGAAGAACAGGACACGGUUGGCCAAGUCCAGGAUGAAAUCUUGUCUCUGCAAAAUGAAAUAAAGAUUUUGAAAGAGGCUGUGGGUGAAAUGGAGAACGCCGUUCGGGAUGAAAAAAGCAGGCGUGCUAAUCUUCAGAAAGAAAUUGAGCUGCAGAACAAGAGAGGCGAAGCGGUUUUCAGACGGCUGCGUUGCCAAGUUAACAACCUGGAGCUGGAGAGGAGGCAGGGGCGUUUGAAAGUGCAACAGCUGGAAGAGAAAGCCGAAGAAUUACGAAAGCUUUGGCAAGCCACAGAGGAGUAA